CAGAAAACAAAAAGAUAGACAGGUGGCGUGGCGAUGCUUUCGUGUUCCAGCGAGGAAGAAGAUUCGUAACGCUCUGUGAAGAUCGCAGCGCCAAAAUCUUCGCCAAGGGUUUAACUGUAACUCUCCGUUAAGCUUUUCACUCUUCAGUGACUCCUCGCUGCGCUACACUCUUCUCUUUCUCCUCCUUCCGCUUUUCGCUUUCCGUUUCACUCCUUCCUCUCUUUCGCGUCACAAGUGUUUAGAACUUAGAAGGCCUUGGGAUGAAGAGGGGUAGGGCUUCAUCUUCAGAUGAUGAGUCUGGGACUGAGGCUGAGGAACAAUCACUCUCUGUGUCUGAUUAUGACCUUGUAGACGAUGACGACACGCCUGUAUCUUUUGCUGCGUUGCCAAUUCAAUGGAGUGAUUCUGAGAACUCUGAUGAUGCCAGCACAGGGAAGGUGUUCCUUCAGGGGCUUGUCGAUGACGGGCUGCGGAAGUUUUUCACGCAAGUCACGGCGUGGAGAUUUGAUCUUUCCUGUACAAGACCCGAGAUAUUCUUGUUAUCGAAGGAUGGAAAGUGGAUCGAGCUUCAAAAGCCCAGGAAGAUAUUUCAGGAUACUAUAAGGACCAUUAUGAUCACCAUUCACUUCCUGCAUCGUGUCAAGAGAAAAUGUCAAAUGUCUGCGGCAUCUGUUUGGCAAGACUUGUGUAAGGAUAAGGAGUUGAGCUCUUAUGGGGUUAAGCCUUCACAAAAAGAUUUAUUGGACCAUUUGCCUUUGAUUCGUGAAGCUUCCAAAAGGGAUGCUGUCUUAGCUAAAUCCAAGUUCUUGCUCAUGGUUUUGGAGAAACCGAAGAGUCAAAAACUUAUUGAUAAGGAAGUUAAUGAUGUGACACGACCUGAACUUACAGUUGUUGGAAUUGACAGAGAUAUGAUAGAUGAAUAUAAUGAAGAGUUAGAAGAAAAGGAUGAUUUGGAUGUUUGUGCAAUUUGUGACAAUGGUGGUAAUGUUACGUGUUGUGAUGGAGUAUGCAUGAGGUCAUUUCAUGCAACUGUGGAGGCUGGUAGAGAAAAUAAUUGUGUUUCUCUUGGUUUUACCCAGAAAGAAGUUGAUGACAUCCAGAACUUUUAUUGUAAAAAUUGUGAAUAUCAUCAGCACCAGUGCUUUGCAUGUGGCAAGCUGGGGUCUUCUGAUAAAGUUAAAGGUGCUGAGGUUAUUAAAUGUUCUUCUGCGGCCUGUGACCGUUUUUAUCAUCCACAUUGUGUUGCAAAGUUACUCUCCCAGGUAGUUAAGCAUGUUGCUGAGGAACUUGAGAGAAAUAUUACUGAUGGGGAUCCUUUUACCUGUCCCCUUCAUUUUUGCGGUGUCUGUAAAGAAUUGGAAAAUAAGAGGGAUCCUGAGUUGCAAUUUGCUGUUUGUAGACGAUGUCCAAAGUCAUAUCAUCGAAAAUGUUUGCCAAGAGAAAUUGCUUUUGGCAACAAAGGUGACGAAGGUAUACAAAGGGCUUGGGAAGGUCUUUUACCAAAUAACCGCAUACUUAUAUAUUGCUUAAAUCAUGAGAUUGAUCAUGAACUUGGGACUCCUGUAAGAGAUCAUAUAAAAUUCCCCAAUUUAAAAGCUACUGUUCAAAAAAUUAAAAAUACUAUUGAGCGGAAGAAACCUGCAUCGAAAGAGAGGGCUAUAUUGAAGAAGAAAAAUGUUGACUUUGAUAAUUCAUCUAGCAAAAGCACUGCUAAGGGAUCUAAAUUGACUGGAAAAGUGUCUUCUGACAAAUUUGAUGGCAAGAAGUCUAAUAAGGUGAUUUCUGCUUCAAAUAUCUCUAGAAAGCCGAAAUUGAAAGAAACAUCAAGAAAGUGUUCAACUGAAAAUAAUAGGCCAAUCUCAAAGAAAUUUGAAAGGCCUGAUUCUGAGAAAAACCAUAACCAGCCUGCACUGGGUGAGAAAUAUGCUCUCAAACCUGUUAGAAAGCUGAGUAUUGAAUUGCCUCCAUUAGAUGCUGAUUCAGAAAAGAGUUUGUUGGCUUUGUUUAAAGAAGCUAGAUCAUCAAUUACAAUGGAGAGUAUCUUAGAAAAACACACAUUUGAUUCUACUCAUACUCAGUCGUUGAAAAAUGUUGUGGAGAAGACCAUUACAAUGGAGAAGCUGGAAGACUCGGUUGAUGCUGUUCGAUCAGCUUUAAGGAAGCUAGAGAACGGGUGCAGCAUUCAGGAUGUAAAAGCUGUUUGUGACCCUGAUGUUCUGAAACAGAUAUUUAUGUGGAAGAUUGUUGAUAAACUUCAUUGGUAUGUUCAGAACGGUGAUAUGAUUGUGGACUUCUGCUGUGGUGCUAAUGAUUUUAGCAUCCUUAUGAAGAAAAAGCUGGAGGAAACUGUGAAGAAAUGCUCAUACAGAAACUAUGAUUUACUUCCUACAAAGAAUGAUUUUAGUUUUGAAAGGAGAGAUUGGAUGACUGUCCAACCAACUGAGUUGCCAACAGGGUCGCAGUUGAUCAUGGGGCUCAGACCACCCUUUGGGCAUAAAGCAGCAUUGGCUAACAAGUUCAUAGAUAAGGCUCUUGAGUUUAAACCAAAGCUCAUAAUUCUUAUUGUACCCCCAGAGACAGAGAGGCUUGAUAAAAAACCAUCACCGUACGAUCUUAUAUGGGAGGAAGAGAAUUUUCUGUCAAGCACGUCAUUUUAUCUGCCUGGAUCAGUUGAAGUAAAUGACACACAAGUGGACCAAACGAAUGAAAGGCCGCUUCUACUCUCUCUUUGGAGCCGUCCUGACUGGACUAUUAAACACAAGAUCAUAGCCCAAGAGCAUGGUCAUGCGUGCAGCCAGAAUAAAGUAUUAGAGACACAAAGUUUUUAUGCUGACAUCAUGCUGGAUGCAAAUUAUGCUGCUGAUGAUCAAGCAUCUAAGAAAGGCCAGCAAAGAAGUUCACAUUGUGGUAAUGCUGACGAAGAGAGUCAAAAGGGACAGCAAUGUAGGACUGGCAAGUCACCAAGGAAGAGAAAACAUAUUGAGGAAAAUAAUAGAAAAAAACUAGGUGCGGUCCCACCAGCCAAAAGGCAGGCUCUAAAUAAAAUUCUUGAGGGAGGAGUCAAUGGAAAAUCCUCAGAUGAAGCUCUUCAGCCCAAAUCUACUUUGGCAUAUCCACGUGUUGAGGUUGCUCAUAAUCCUUCCUGUGGCCCCUUGGGAAGUAAUAAUGAGCAAGAUGUUUCAGAAACAGAGUCAUCUUGUAAGACGAAUAUACCAGUUAUUGGACAAUAUGAACCUCGUCUAUGCGAAUUAAAACUUGUCAAAAGUUCUCUGGCUUCUGAAACUCGUCCAUUAAGUAAAAGUGGACGUAGAAGUAGUAGCGUACCCAAACCUGUAUAUGGUGGCGGGAUGCAUUGUUUUGCUCCUGCUCUUAACUGUGAAUAUGCACGCCAGCAUUCGUGUGGUUGGCUCGAUGAGUAGUUACAACAUGUUAUAUUAUUUUUCUCCUUUAUUUCUUUACAAUCAUGUUGCAUCGUGAUCAAGAAGACAGACAAGUCUCUGAAUUGAUCAGGGUCAACAAUUAAAGUUUUGGCCUUAACUGUAUUUAGGUUAGGAAACACGGGCUAGCAUGUAUUUCUCGACACUUUUUCAUAAUUAGAUUUUUUUUUUGUAAGUCUUCAUCAGAAAUUUAUUAUAACAAUUUCACAUGUUCAUUUUCUUUUCAAUAAGAAUCAAAUUCAGUCCC